AGUGUAGAUAAUUAUAUAUAUAAAAAAGAGGGCAACUUAGACAAGUAUCUCUUUAUAGAUUCAGAUUAUGAGGGCUCUAUAUCAUCUGAAAGCAGUAGCAAGAACAGAAUAAGUAGUCCGAGAAAUAGAGGGAGCUAUUAUGAUAAUGGCCAAACAA